AUGUGGAUGUUUUCUUGGCUUUGUGCCAUUUUAAUUAUUUUGGCUAUUGCUAGCAUGGACACAUUAGCAAAGACCACACCAUAUACCAAGUUUACGAAGAAAUCUGAGGGAAAAGAGAUGCUGAAAGACCUAAAGCCAGCCAGUGACCUACCUCUGGGAGAAGAAGAGGAAAGCCCCUUCACAGAAGAGACUGACAUGGCAGAGCCAACUCCUGACCCCUCCAUCCUAGAUUCUGCCUUUGGAACUGCCACUCUCUUCCCCUUUGAAAACUUCACUCUUGACACGGCUGAUUUCUUUUUGAAUUGCUGUGAUUGUUGUUCAUCCAUACCAGGACAGAAAGGAGAGCCUGGAAAGACCGGAAAGCCAGGUCUUAAGGGAGAGGCUGGCGAUAUGGGGAUCCCAGGGCGACCAGGAGUUGCUGGACCCCAAGGUCCAAAAGGCCAGAAAGGAGAGAAGGGUGGACUUGGUCCUAAAGGGGACAGAGGAGACGUUGGACCAGCGGGAGUGAAAGGACAAAAAGGCUCCAAGGGGGACACGUUUGUAAAUGGUACCAAAGGAGAUAAAGGAGACCCAGGGGCUGUGGGCUCAGCAGGCUUGCACGGAGAGCCUGGGGCUAAGGGGGAGAAAGGGGAGCAGGGGGAUAAGGGUCACUGCAGAGAUUCUGGGGAGAGGGGCGCCAAGGGGGAAAAAGGGGAGGUGGGGAUGAAAGGAGAAAAAGGUGACAAAGGAGAUACGGGGACAGAAGGCAAACGAGGCCCAGAUGGCCUGCCUGGGGCCCAAGGUGAUCCAGGAGCUAAAGGAGAAAAGGGAGAGUUAGGUCCUCCGGGUCUUGCGGGACCUGCGGGGCCAAAGGGUGAGCUUGGGAGCAAAGGGGCCCGAGGAUCUAUUGGGAAGAAGGGUUCUCGGGGAUUCAAAGGCUCCAAGGGGCAGGUGGCCCGAGUCCCGCGGUCAGCUUUCAGUGCAGCUUUAUCGAAGCCUUUCCCUCCUCCCAAUGCCCCUAUCAAAUUUGACAAGGUUUUCUAUAACGACCAAGGGAAUUACAGCCCUGUCACUGGGAAAUUUAACUGCAGUGUUCCCGGGGCAUAUGUGUUUUCCUACCACGUCACGGUGAGGGCCCGGCCUGCUCGGAUCAGCCUGGUGGCCUGGAAUAAGAAGCAGUUCAAGUCCAGGGAAACGCUCUACGGUCACGAAAUAGACCAGGCCUCUCUCCUCAUCAUCCUAAAGUUAAAUGCAGGGGACCAAGUCUGGCUGGAAGUUUCAAAAGAUUGGAAUGGGCUGUAUGUCAGCGCUGAGGAUGACAGCAUUUUCACUGGGUUCCUUUUGUACCCAGAGGAAACUCCUGGAAUUUCACCAUGAACUUGAACACUGUAGUUUGGAGUUAGUGGAAUAAGUCAGGUAAUAUAGAAUAGUGCUAAUGAAAAAUAUAGCUUUCAUUAUUUUUUUCAUGAUUAUA